AUGGGAGGUGCUUCGCACCUGUCCUCCCUUUUACGCUCCAGCGCGCUCCCUCCAUUGCCUUCGAACGUUGGCCUCGGCAGGAGGAAACGUGAGCUUCUUUCUGUUCCCCUGUUCACGAGUUUCUCUCCUUCCCCUUGAUUCCUCCAACCCCUAACCCCCAUUUAUGCUCUGAAUCACGCUGUACUUAUUUUAUUCUACCUAUGUGUGAAGAAUUCUUCCAAACGAUAGUAAGGUUCCAUGUUUUUUUAGGAUGUAUAGGGAAUGAUGGUUUAUACGCGGCAUAUUUAUCGCUCAUACUUAGUAGUUUUUUUAAAAUAAUUCUGGGGAUAUUGCUGUGUUAUAAGAUGGAUUAAUGAAGUUAAAUUUUCUAUUAUUUUCUUGUUUUUGUGGUUUCAAUCUCCAACUCAGUUAGGACUCGUGUCUGCUUCAGCUUGGAGAAUGAGCCUGAGACGCCCACUGAACACAAAUCUUCGCCGGACGCGUCAAAGAUGCAGGUCGGAUUUAGCAUGUUUAGUUCCUUAUCCCGAUGCCUUUCGAUUCGAUUUAAACUCGUUACGAUAUGUCCUCUGAAUUUUUUUGUCGUCACUGGUUGUGGUAAUUCGAUACCAUUUAACUAUCUUUUUUUAUUUUUUAUCGUGGAUUCCAUUUUUCUUUUGUUAUCUGAGGAUAACAUCUGUGAAAUUGAUCAAUGAAAGGAGGCGAGUGAGUUCAUUGUAUGAUCAUCAUCUGAUGAAUCUAGUCUGAAGACAUGAAAAUUGGCUGUGGAUAUUUCACUUAAUGAUGGGAGUCCUCAUUACAAGACAAAUUUACGUGACAUCUUGAGGUUUAUACUAGGGUAUAAGUACAUAAUAUUUCUCUAUCGUCCGAUUUCAAAGGCAACGGUGAAACUUGAUUGGAUGAAGCAAAUAGAUGAAGAAUGAUUCUAGUUUAUGAAGUCAUCUGAUUUUUCAUCACAGGUCCUUGCUUGAUUUAUUGAUUAUGAGCCCUAAUCAGAUAAAAUAAAUGGCGGAAAUUUUCAUUUACAAGAAUGAAUGCAGCAGAUCCACUUACCUCUUAAAGCAAGCACUGCCUCUUAAAAUAAAUGGCGGAAAUAAAUGGCAGAGCCCCAAAGCAAGCACUGCCUCUUAAAAUAUAAGAAUGCAGCAGAUCCACAUAUGAACACAGAAUGCCCCUUCCAGGAAUUAUAUGCAAAUACGUCACUUACUGUUUAGUGAUCUGUCUCUAUCGACUGUAUCAGUCUUAUCUCUACCUGAUAAAUCAAGUGGUCCACAAUUUCAAAAAACCUAUAAUACAAUGUUUGCUGUAGCCUUUCCAUUUUCUUGCUGCCGAAGAUAAGUAUCUCUAUAUCCCUACUCCUCUUGGGAACUCUGUGGAGUAAACAGGCUAUUCUGUGCUGGAGACAUUGCCUUCAUGGCAAUCCUGAUGAACGAUUGGAGUGUAAAUCAUUAACCUUCAUGCCAUGCCGUAUGACUCUAGAAACUGUCUUCUGUGGUGAGAAGUGGCAGGGUUUCACUGAGACUGAGGGUGCCCUCUCCUUAAUUUCCACAUCAAUUUUUUCUAAAAGGUAUCUUAAGUUUUGAUGUGGGAUUUGACCUCUCUCUCUCUCUCUCUCUUUCUCUCGCUCGCUAUAUAUACAUAUAUAUAUAUAUACAGUUAUGCACGCACACUUAUGAUGAGUUAUAUAUGCCUAUGUAUAUCCUGAUGUUUAUGAUGAAAUGUAAUGAUUAAGUGCCUGUGUACAUCAGGAGGAGCCAAACUUCGUGGCCAUUGAAACUCAAAACCCAGCAGAGAAAGAGGUUCUAGGCAUUCUCAGUUCAUUGAUACACACUAUAAAUGAGUAUUUAAAUAAAACAUUAUCAAAGAACCAAUGUCAAUACAUUAUUAAGUAUGCAUAUAAAGGGAUGUGUUUAUAACGAAUUGUAUAUAGACAUGUAUAUCCUUAUGCUUAUUGUGGAUUACUAUGAUUAAUGAGUGUAUCGUUGAGUUGAGAAUGUCUAUAAUCUCUUCCUCUGGUGGAUUCGAGACCUUUUUCACACAAUGAUUCGUACAUUAAUUGUGAAUUUAUAAGUAGGAUUAGAAAAUGACCAUUAUUCGAGACACUGUUUAUUUAGGUUUAAUCCUUACGUAAUAAGCAACUUUGAUGUUUUAUUGUCCCUUGAGCUGAGCAUCCCAUUUUCUAUAUCAGGAUGAGCAGUCCCUAACUUCAAGACGCAAAUACAUGACGUGUAUAUGCUCAAGCUUAGUUCUGAUAAAUGUGCCUGCUGUCUCGGCCGCUGCAGCAAAAGGAUCAGGUGCUGAUGUGAUGAAUGGUGCCACUGUGACAGAAAGGGCUGCCUGCAGGAAUUGUGGGGGCAGCGGUGCCAUUAUAUGUGAGAAUGAAGCUCUCCUCCUUGAUCUUGUUUUGCUUUUCUUGGGCGAUUUCACCCGUUCAUUUCCUCAAUGUACUGACCAAAAGAGUUGAGAGGCGAUCCAACUCAUCAGGUUUUAGAGAACUAGCAAAUUUCGUGUGAGCUUUUUGGAUGAUAAAUUAGUGAUUUUGCAUAAUUAUUGUGUGGAAUUUUAAUUUAUUGUCUCUUUCCCCAGGCGGUUGAAAACAUAUAUAUUUUCAUUAAUCUCGUUGAUUUCUUCUCAUGAAAAGAAAAUUCAUGUUGCUAGAUAUACUGGCAUUGUUUCCCCUUAGUGGUUCAGAAAAAUAGCAUAUAUAUCCAUUAAUUUUGUGAGUUUCUGUCCACAAAAAAACCCAUACUGUUUGGUAUACCUUUCUUUGUUGUUUAUUUUCUUCUCGUGAUCACAAGGAGAUGAUCUGAUAAAACCAACGUAGACGACAUAAACCUUCAAAGAUUUACAGAAAAUAGGGUCAAGUAUGAUAUGUAAGAUGGGGCCUAAUUCCAAACCAUCAAGUCUCCCCUUGCUUGUGGUCCAGGCGAUAUGUGUGGUGGCACAGGGAAGUGGAAAGCUCUCAACAGGAAGCGAGCGAAGGACGUCUACGAGUUCACCGAAUGCCCCAAUUGUUAUGGUAUGUUCUCACCAGAUACCCCACCCUUCGAAACAAAAGAAUUUUUCUAUUUUUAUGUAUUCAUAAUUCCCACAUUACCCUUCAAAACAUGAACUGGUCUCCGUUAAUCUCGGAAUAAUUCCUAUAUUACCGUUCAUCUCAUAAUAGUUCGUAUGUUAUCCUCCAAAUGCAUUAAAUGAAUGCAGUUUUAUCUGAUAAUCAUUCGUGUAUCUCCUUUUCAGAACAUGAAAAUUCUAUUUUUUAUUCCAUAGUAAUUCUCACAUCACCCAUCAAACCAUGAAAAAAAUGUAUUUUUAAAUUUAUGUCAUAUAUUUUAUCUUAUGAUUCCUAUAUAGCCCUUAAAAAGUGUGAAGCUUCUAUUUUACCUCAUAAUAACUCUUAUAUCGCCCUUAAAACAGUAAAAAAUAUAUUUUUUGAUCCAAUUAUGACUCUAUCAGCGUUUAAAUCAUGGAAAAAAAAUCUACUUUUAUUUUUAAAAUGAACUCUAACAUUGAAAGGAACAAUAUAUCGGUCCACUACCCCACCCACACAUGAUCCUUUUCAGAUCAGAUGCUCAAACCCUUCCAACAUACCCAAUCAUUUCCACUGCGACAUUGUGGCCUAGUCUUUUUUUUUUUCUUGCUUAUUAUCCUCCACUAUGGGUAUGAUUUAUGAUCUUGUGGGUCCUUUUUUUUCGCUUGAUUAUUAUCCUUAAUUAUCGGAAUGAUCUAUGAUCUUCUGGGUUUUCCUUCCUUUUUUUUUUCUUUUUUUUUGCUCAUUAUGUAUCCUUAGUUAUGGGUACAAUCCAUGAUCUUGCUGGUUUUUUCUCUUCUUAUAAUCAUUAUUAUCCCCAAUUACGGGUACGAUUCAUGAUCUUGCGGGUUUUCUCUGCUGACGAUGAUCCUCAGUGAUGGAUGGGUAUGAUCUUGUGAUCUUGUGGGAUUUUCGUUGAUUAUUAUUAUUAUUAUUAUUAUUAUUAUUAUCCUCGAUGAAUGAUGAACCUGUGGGGUUGUGGUGAUUUUGAGUAGGGCGGGGGAAGCUGGUAUGCCCGGUCUGCCUGGGGACGGGCCUGCCCAACAACAAGGGCCUUCUGCGGAGGCCCGAGGCCCGCAAGCUGCUGGACAAGAUGUACAAUGGCAGGCUCCUCCCCGGCUCCUGA